CGGCCUCCGCGGGCUGGGUGGGCUAGGCAGGCCAGGGGGAAGGCGUUUCGAGGAGAGGGCUCCUGAGACCGCCCCUAACCCAGCCUGGCCGCUCCCCGCUGCACUUGGGUCUCCCUCUGCAAACUUUCCCAUUCCACGCCCCUUCUCUUAGCCGUAAGCCGAAAGCGUCUGGUCGCCGGUCCGGGUGGAUAUCCCGAGGUCUGCAUUCGUUCUCCAGGAGCCGCUUUGUGUAAACUUGGACCGAGGUCGAACAAAAGUCAUCCUUUAUCAAGGGUGAUGGAUUUGCGGGCCUCGAGGAGCCCUAUCGCUCCGGAUACGUUAAAAUGAACAUGCCUGGAACUACGUUUGCUAAGGCUCGGCACAGGCAUCUCCCCAUUGAACCCGACUCGACUGGCUGAGCCUUGCCAACAUCCCACUGACCCCUGAGACACAGCGGGACCAGGAGCGGCGGAUUCGGCGGGAGAUCGCCAACAGCAACGAGCGGAGGCGUAUGCAGAGCAUCAACGCGGGCUUCCAGUCCCUCAAGACCCUCAUUCCCCACACAGAUGGAGAGAAGCUCAGCAAGGCAGCCAUUCUCCAACAGACAGCAGAGUACAUUUUCUCCCUGGAGCAGGAGAAGACCAGGCUUCUGCAGCAGAACACGCAGCUCAAGCGCUUUAUCCAGGAGCUGAGUGGUUCUUCUCCAAAGCGGCGGCGGGCAGAGGACAAGGAUGAGGGAAUUGGCUCACCGGAUAUCUGGGAGGAUGAGAAGGCUGAGGACCUGCGGCGGGAGAUGAUUGAGCUGCGACAGCAGCUGGACAAGGAGCGCUCUGUGCGCAUGAUGCUGGAGGAGCAGGUGCGGUCCCUGGAGGCCCACAUGUACCCGGAAAAGCUCAAGGUGAUUGCGCAGCAGGUGCAGCUGCAGCAGCAGCAGGAACAAGUGCGGCUGCUGCACCAGGAGAAGCUUGAGCGGGAACAGCAGCACCUGCGGACCCAGCUCCUGCCCCCUCCAGCGCCUACCCACCAUCCCACGGUGAUUGUUCCGGCGCCACCACCACCACCGCCUCCCUCCCACCACAUCAACGUUGUCACCAUGGGUCCCUCUGUCAUCAACUCUGUUUCUACAUCUCGGCAAAAUCUGGACACUAUUGUGCAGGCAAUCCAGCACAUCGAGGGCACCCAGGACAAGCAGGAGCUAGAGGAGGAGCAGCGGCGAGCAGUCAUCGUGAAGCCUGUACGCAGCUGCCCGGAGGUGCACACUUCAGACACUGCCUCGGACUCGGAGGCCUCGGACAGUGAUGCCAUGGACCAGAGCCGGGAGGAGCCUUUAGGGGAUGGGGAGCUUCCCUGACCACCCCCUCAGCCCUCCUCUCCCUUCUGGGGGCUGGAGGGGGUUGGGGAAGUGACAGGGAGAAAUGUGGGUGAAUGAGUGAGAAAUUUUUACAAAAUUACUGUGUCAUUUGGGUCUCUUUUAUGACCUCUUUUUCAAUACUGUAAAUCAACCUUGGAACGAAGCCACCCAAGCCAGGGUCCCAGGGCUGGGGUGGCACAGGAUAUGUGGGAGCAUUGGGAUCCCAGGGGUGUGCCUCCACCAUGGACGCUGGGGGAGACAGACACUGGGGUGCUUGGCCUCUUCCACCAAAAAACAUUUUUCGUUAAAGUGUGUUUUUAAGAACAGGGAAUAUCAACCCCAAGGUAUUUACCCCUUCCCAGAGCUGGCCCUACGCCUGUCAGUCUUCAGUCCCCCUCCCUCCUCCACCUGGUUUUCUUCUUCUUUAAGCACUUAACAUGGGUUGGGGGUUAGGCUAGGUUGGGGCUCUCUGGGGACCGGGGCUCUAUGCUUCUCGGUUGGGGUUCGCUGCUGCCCUUCCUCCUCCCCUCAACACCAGGACUGCCAUUCUCCAUCCUUCUGUCCACCUCUUCCUCCAGGGUGCCCUUAAACCCCAA